AUGACCGACAAAAUCAAGGGAAGAGUCGACGAAUCACGGAAUCAUCGCUCGACGCUCGAGAAGACUCAUGCUCAAAGAAAACGAGAGCUCGAUCGAGUUGCGCAACGAGCCAGCCGCGAGCGGACCAAGAAUCGCAUCCGCUUUCUGGAAGAAAAGCUAGCGGCGCUCGAAGCAGAAGACAGAGACUCACGGAUCUGUGACUUGAUGAAGGUGAUCAAAGAUCUCCGUGAGGAGAACGGGCGUUUGGCUUCAAGGCUGUCCAAAAUCAAAGUUUGGGCAGAUGUUGACACUCAGUUAAGUGAGGAAAGCCCAACAGGCAAUACACAGCUGCCGGCACCGCUGACUCCUUCCCGAGUCUUGACGCCCGACUCCGAGGACGCCACCGGCGAUGCUCCAUUGGAGCUGGUGGACGGUCAUGAAGUCAAGGCGGCAGGCUAUUCUCAGCAAGUAUUCCAGGAUCUGGGUUCGAACGAGCCUGAUGAUCCAUUCCCAACCACGAUUGAUUUCAAUCUCGAGAAUGAGACACAGGAAUUGAAAGACCUGGCUUGGGCUUUUUUAUCUGGUCCGUCUAGCAAGCCAGCGGUCGAAGCGGUGGCUCAAGCUUCGCCGUUUGACUCUUCAGAAACAUUAUGUGGACUCUCCAACUUCAUCCCAUCAUCCAUCGUCUGGGCUCCAACACCUGCCACUCCGAUGAUGUUUCCCUAUUCGGAGCUCCCUGCCGAGGCGAAGUGGUCCUUCGGAAAUGAAGCUUACACAUAUGCGAUACGAUCAACCCGACAGAUGGGAUUCGAUUGCAGUCUAACCGAGCUACAAUCUCCCCUCAGGGCCAUUCUCUCCGGCUGGGAAGUCGUGGAUGAACGGCAGCGGUCGCAUCCGUUAUGGAUGGCGCUCAGACAUGUCGACGAGCUGAUAUUGCCCAACUGGUCCAUUGCACAGAAGAUUGCGUACAUGCUCAUUGCGUACCGCUUGCUUUUGUAUCGAAUAAAUCCCACGAAGGAGAAUCUGGAUAGAGUUCCGCCGUUCCUUCGUCCACGGCCGUCACAAGAGCGGAUUGAGCAUCCCAUUGUGAUUGACUUUUUUAUAUGGCCUGGACUGCGUGAUCGCUUGGUCUUCAAUCAUGAUAGAUAUUCCCGAACAGGCCACUUCUCUGCAGCUUACUGCUCCUACGUCCGCUUUUGCUGGCCCUUCCCGGACAAUUAUAUCUUGGCCCGCGACACGUCCAACAAUUACAAAGUCUCCCAACUCUUUGAGAAAUAUGCCUAUGACGUGAAUAACUGGACUGUGGACGAGCGGUUUUUUACAAGCUUGCCAGAACUGCGGGUUGACGUGCCGUGUUCGACCGAAACUUGGUCGGGAAAUCUAUUGGGUGCUCGAUGA